AUGACGCACAGUUCAACUGAACAACAACAACAACACCCUAUGGUUCCCAAAGGGAGUGCUACAAAUGUUGAAGAAUUCAAGGAUAUGAGCGAAAAUGCAACCCGGGAGUGGGUACCUCCAAUGCUUCGAAAGUCUCGGGCCAUCCCUCUUGCUAUCUGCUGCUUGGUGUUUGUCGUGUGCCUCGAAAUCUUCGAUUUAGAAGUCAGACGGAACGACGGCCUUCCAGCAGAUGCCCAUCAUGCCAACACUGUCCGUGCUGCAAGAUACCUACCCACAGUUGGGGUAAUUGCUCUCGGAUUCGUUUGGAAAGCGCUUGCGAGCGACGUCAAAAAAAUUACUCCUUGGUCUAGUAUGAGUGGGAAAUGGAGCCAAAGCUCGCAUUCGAUGCUUCUCGACUACACCACCAACAUCGAGUUUACCUCGAUCGUAAAAGCAGCGCGUAGGAAGCACGGAGCACUCUUCAUAGCGCUAGUUGUGGGCUUUCUUUGCGGGGCUUUGGCUGCUUUGGCAAACGCCCUUACUAGGCUCGACUUGUUUGCCCUCACAUCGACAAGCACUACCUUCCAAAAGACGUCACACUUUUCUUUCGACCAGACUCUGGCUCUUCCAAACGACACUCUUGCGAUACCCUACAACCAUCUCGGUGCCAGACCUUAUGCAGCGGUGGCUUCAGAACGUCUUCCGAACGGCCAAUUUUCUUCUUGGACCAAGCACGGCUAUGCGUUUGAUUCUUUCGCAGGAAAUGCAAGCGUAUUGCCGAACUCGACCAUCGAAGCGACCGUCCAAUCAUUCCAGGCAGACUUCAGUUGUUACCCACUGGAGUUUUCGACUGGUGGUACUCCACUAUAUAAGACUCUUAAGGCUGAUGCAAGCGGCAUUCCCGAACUCAACUGCACCCAACCAAUCGCGCAGCUUUUUAACACGACCAGCGCCACCUCUGUGAUUGGGAACUUCAAAGCCUGGCUCAAUGUAUCAUCUUGUUCUGAGGAUACGAACCAAACUUUCAUUAUUGCGAAUGCUAUAAAGCUCAAACCAGUGGGAAAGAAAGACGUCAACAUAACAUCAUCUCGGGGCCUCAUCUGUGCUCCGAAAUUCUCGGUUCUGGAUGCCGUAGUAAGAGCAAAUGCAACGACCGGAGAGGUAGUCUCUUACUGGCCCAACAUUUCAACGACCACCAAUGUCGACAUAGGGGCAUCCAUGCAAGCCAUAUGGCUGUAUCUCAACAACCCCCUUGAUGCAAAAAUCCAGAAGAUCUUUUCAUUGACCGAGAUCAACUUCACCGAAGACGAGAUGCCGAAGACGGAUUGGAAACAUUUCCGCUACGCGAUAUCUAGGUUCCUGGGACUUUAUGACACUGAUCCUUUUUUCUCUUUGUUGACAAAUGGUCAGACUGAGCUGUUAAUCGAUGAGUAUAUCGAGAAUCCGGAUAAAUUCCAGUCAGACGCAGAGUCACUCGGAAACCAUAUAAUGGCGCAGGUUGUAAGCGCCUUUGCCAGGAAAGAUAUAUCAAGUGAAGUCACUGGUUCCCUGUUGACUCGAGGACCCAGGAUUUUCUUGAGACAAAUUCCCUUAAGGGCCCUUCAGCUGGUUUUGGUAUUGAUAGCCUGCGCCUCGCUCCUGUACGCAACAUUUCUACGACCGAAGACUGUUUUACAUGAAGACCCGGGAUCAAUUGCUGCAGCAGCUGUGGUUUUAUCUGCUUCCGACAUGCAAGUGGAAAAAACAUUUGCUCACGAAGCUGUGUCGACGGAAAGCCACAUGAACCAAUAUUUACAACCGUUGUCCUGGCAGUUGCACGCAAGUACAGGCCAUGCAGUUGCACUUCGAUGUCAACAACCUGUUGGCGACAUGGCCUCUGCUACACCCAAUUCUCCAAAGGUCCGCAAACACACCGGCUGGCGCCCUGUACCACUACUAUUGACUUCGAGGGUUGCGAUUUUCGUGGCUUUGAUCGGUACUAUUGUGGCUCUCGCGAUACUCCUGAAGAUUUCGCUAGUACGAAAUGGCCUUUGCGAGAAUACAAAUGUCAACUCGAACGCAUUUGCCUUGGCACCGACCGCCAUACUUGUCCUCUUAGGUUACGCAUGUUCAGGUAUCGACGGCUCCAUCAGGACUAUUUCUUCCUACAAAAGCCUGUGGAAGGGGUCUAAGAAACAAGCUGUUUUGUUUAACUUAAGCGAUGUCCCUCGUGUUGUAGCACCAUUUCGGACGACAAGAGUCCAUUCCGGGAUUUCUUUGACAGCUUCGUCGAUUGUAAUCCUGCUCAUUCCAGUCAUCAAGAUCGUCACUGCCGGACUCUACAGUGUCACACUCUCGAAGUCGACCCGGCAGAUACUGCCAUCAGUGGACACCAGUCUCAUAACACAUCUAGAAAGCGCCUACAGCCUCCUCAAUGACUCGGACUCAAAUGUCCAAAGAGCUUCACAGUUUGCUGAGUGGUCGAGAACUCCAUCUUUCAACGUCCCGCGGAGAUCCGGAAUCCUCGACAACCUGGUUUUCAGUAACCUUACCGGAGUGGAACAUGGCCUAGAAGCUUUGGACUUGUCUGAAGCUCAAAUCAACCUCACUGUCCCUGCCAUUGCAGUAGAUGUCGAGUGUGCCACCGCGGACAUGGGCAUCAGAGGAGGGAAGAGGUACGCCGCGACUGACUGUUGGACGUUCUCUGUCGCUUGCCGCUCAGACGAUUGCGAGAAAAAAUUCUACUUGUCGUCUAUAUUGAGCGGACACUAUAGACGACAUGGAGGGACCACCAGUUUUACUGGAGACUACUGCAUGCUAAAUCAAAAGCGCUUCGAAGGACAAACUUACUUGAGUUCUGCCCUGGAAUUUCAAGUGAUCCUGGUCAAUUAUACGGAUACCAGCGUCAUGGGUUCGUUUGAUGACACUGCCGACGACGUUGACAUCGAAUACCCCGGUAUAAAUGACACCCGAUGGCUUGAUCCUGGCUUUCUCAACAACUCAGUACCUAGGGUCAGAGCAGUCUCUUGUGCGGCAACGUUCAAUCGGGUAGAUGUCAACACUACGUAUACUCGAUCUACAGAUUCAACCUGGAACCCCAGUAGCUACGACAAAGCCUCUGUACAAUACAGACAGGAGUACAACAAAAGCGCCAUCCCAAAUUGGCUGGUUCCCUAUGCAAAGUAUUACGAAGGGAUACCUAAUCUAGCCGACGCAAGCUCCGAAACUCCCGGGCUUCUCAGCAGCAAUGAAUCACUGUGGCCCACACGAGCAAGCAGCACAAACUUCUUCGAACUCCUCGCCGCAUACGCCGAUUACGAACUCGGCAACCUGACAGCACUCAUGGAGGAAUCGAAUUUCGUCGCAGCGAACAAGGCAAUGUUUGAAGCCUACAGCACCGAAAUCCUAACGGAGUUGCGGCCAUUCGCCCUCAAAAGCGCCUCGGGCGACAACGAAUCACCGCAAGCUGUCGACGCGACCUUGACCUUUUCCCAGAGCCGCAUCAUCCAGGACGAGAGAACUACCAUCGCGCUCGAGGUCCUCCUCGCCAUCAUAACCUGCUGCUUCGCCUGGGUCUUUGCCCGCUUCCCUAGCCAGUCCAUCUUGCCCAAGAGUCCGGGCUCCAUCGCGGCGCGCAUGUCGUUUCUGGCGCAGAGCCGCCUGGUGCAGCGCCUGCGCGACGAGAAAGUGGCGCGCGUUGCGGACUCGCAGUUGUGGAAGGAGAAGUGCGGUCUGGGUUGGUGGCCUAAGGCGGACGGGACGUGGGACUCUGAGGCCGAGGACGGGAAUUUUGAGAGUAACAGUGAGAAUUCUGGCUCAGAAGACGAGCACUCCAGGUCAGGAGAAGGAUACUCAUCUGUGGAAGGCGAAUGGCGAUCAAAUAUUCGGUGGGGUGUCGAUGUGGGUGAGGACGUCGUGCGAGCAAGCUGGAAACAUCGGCCAUCGCAGGGGUCAAAGCCUCCUUCGAUUGACGAACCGGCAUCGUGA